GCGCCUCAAUACUUACACAGUUUAAGUAAGUAAUUGUAUAAAUUACAUGUGGUAUCCAAUUUUAUUACAAUUAUCUUAUAACGCAGACGAAGGAAUGGAGAAAGAUGAAAGGAUACAAGCGAAAUCGAGCCGAUCCUCGUCUCCGGAUUUCAGAACUCCACCGAGUAGCACGAUCACAGCGAAUAGCGAGAGCAGGAUAAUCACCUCUUCGAUAUCCACACCUUCAUCGAAUCCUUCCUACAGACCGAUGCGAAGCAAAUCAAUGUCGAACAUAUGUGCAGAAUCAUAUACAACUGGUGAUAUUAGAAGAAUUAAAGAGAGAUUACUAAGAAUGAAUUCUCACGUAGAACCGGCUGUGAUAAAGAAGUUCUCCAGAGAGCAAAAAUUGACUUUAGCUUCAUUGGCUCUCGUAGAUUUUAUGAGCUUCUGUUCAAUGUCGAUUAUGGCACCUUUUUUUCCAAGGGAAGCCGCGGAGAAGGGGCUUUCAGAUACACUAUCGGGUUUUGUUUUCAGCUUCUACGCUCUAGUGAUGUUCCUAACAUCUCCAAUUUUUGGGAAAUUGACACCGAAACUAGGACCGAAAUUUCUAUUCCUUAGUGGAAUGUUCACAGCCGGCGCUUGCAAUUUGCUAUUUGGAAUGUUAGAAUAUAUACAUGAUUAUACAUUAUUUACAACAUUUUGCUUAAUUAUAAGAGGAUUGGAAGCUCUGGGAGCUAGUGCAUUCUCAACUGCCAGUUACGUUUUCGUAAUAAAUACAUUUCCAAAUAACAUCGGAUCAGUUCUUGGUAUUUUGGAAACGUUCGUAGGAUUAGGUAUGAGCACGGGUCCUGCCAUUGGUGGCAUUCUGUAUUCGCUAGGUGGAUUUGAUUUGCCAUUCUUCGUUCUGGGGAUUACAAUGAUUCUAAUUAUACCCAUCAAUGUUUGGUUACUACCUUCUCUAAAAGAAUUUAAUAUGAACAAUAAUUCUAUCUCAGUGCUAAAAUUAAUUAAAUUGCCUGCAGUAAUUAUUACCGGUUUAAUAGUUGUGGUAGCAUCGAGCACUUGGGCCUUCCUGGAUCCAACUUUGGAGCCUCACCUCAGACAAUUCGAUUUGGCUCCUGAGAAAAUUGGUUUAAUAUUCUUGCUCUUUUCCGCUUUAUACGGAAUUUCAAGUCCUAUCUGGGGUUGGUUGGCCGACAAGGUCAACAAUCAUUGGUCGAUGAUGAUAUGCGGAUUAUUUUUUAGCACAAUUGGUUUACUUUUACUAGGACCUACCCCUUAUAUAGCGUAUCUUGAAAGCUCGCUCUGGUUAAACUUGGUAGCUCUCUCAAUAUUAGGAAUCUCCGUAGCAUUAGCUUUGCUACCCACUUUUCAAAGCGUUUUAACGAGCGCAGUCGAAGGAGGAUGCACUCCUUCGAUGCAAAUGUAUAGCGUCGUGGCUGGUACUUGGUCUUGCAUGUAUUCAUUAGGCGAAGUUAUCGGACCUUCCUUGGGAGGUUUUCUUCUCCAAAAUUAUGGUUUCCCAAUUACCUCAACAAUUAUGGCCGGAAUGACGUUCUCUUUAAGUCUUAUUGGAUUGGUUUAUUUCUCUUUGAGAUCACGUUUCGAAUUGAAAAAGUCGACGGCCAGUGAAAGCGACUUCGGCGAUUCCUGGAACGAAAGCAACGAGAAAACGCCGUUAUUGGUAUCUCUAACUGAUACUGACCACCGCUUAUAUACAGAAGAGAAGGUUCAGUGCUACGAGCAAAGCAGAAGGAUGGACAAUCAAAGCGGAGAUAUUGAUUAUGAUCAAAUCACUGAUGUUAGAGGAACUGUGGCAAUCACGGGUAAAGGAGCAUGUGAAGUCUAAUAUGUAAUGAAAGCCAUGUGAAUAAUUAUUUUUUUAAUGCAAUUAAAU